AUGGAUUAAAUCGAUUAUUCAUAAGUUAGAUUUUCUUUUAUUGGGACAAGAAAGCAUCUUUUUAAAGAUAAACAAUAUCAUGUUUAUGUUUUUGAUGAUUCUUUAUUAAUGGGGAUUGUAAAUAUAAAAUUUAUGAUUACUAGAAACCAAAUACACAAAACCCUAAAUAUUAUAUAAAAUUUGGAAUCAAUAUAAAAUUUAGAUGGACAUUGAAAAAAACAAAGGAAGGUUGGAUUAUAGAAAGUUUUUAUUUUCCAUAUAAAAAAAGUGCAAAACCAUUAUUUGGGAGUAAUUAUGAUCUUUAAAGGUAUAAAUAUAUGAUUCUGUUCUUUAGAUUAAAAGAAUUUACGAAUCUAAAAGUAACCUUUGAAAAUAUGAAUGAAUUAUACUAACAAUUUUAAUUAAUAGGGUAAGGGAGUUCUGGAAAAGUGUUCAGUGCAAUACAUACAAUUGAAUAAAAGAUUUAUGCAAUAAAAUCAAUUAAAAAAAAAUAACUGAAAUCUCAGUUAGACUACAAUUAAGUAUAACAAGAUAUACAAUUAUUUAAGGGAGCUUUUAAAAUGUAGGUUUCUAUUUUAAAAUUAUUGGCCAAAUAUCCAGAUAAUUUUAUAACCUUAAAAGAAAUAUAUGAAGGAGAAGAUAUGCAAUGUUUAGUCACAACCUUUUUAGAAGGUCCUACUCUAAUUGAAGAAUUUGAAAGAUUGAAAGUAUCAUGUAUAUAUAUUUAAGACAACAAAUUAAAAAAGAUUUUCAAGCUUAGAAGUAAAGAUUAUUUUGAAGAAAUUAUUAAUUAAUCUUGCAACUCUUCAUUAAAAUAGAGUAUUAGUUUAAUUUCCAAUAAUAAGAUUAUACAUAGAGACUUAAAACCAGAAAAUUUGAUGUUUAAAAUAAAAGGAGAUAGAACAACUUUGAUUCUUGUUGAUUUUGGAUUGGCAACCUAUGAAUCUUUUGAAAUGUAUAUAUUAUUUCAUUCUUUAGGUUGUUUUAUCCAAAAUGUGGAACACCUGGUUAUGUUGCACCUGAAAUAUUUAAUCUAAAGUCUACUAGCAAAUAUUCAACUAAAGUAGAUAUAUUUAGUUGUGGGUGCAUAUUUUAUAAACUUUUAACAGGUAACAACAUUUUCUAUGGAGAAACCUUUGAUGAAGUGCUUAGAUAAAACAAAAAAUGUUAAAUUGAUUUCAAUCUUCCCAUAGACUAAGAUUAUAUUACAGAAUAUUCAAUUGUAUUUCUUAAAGUUUUAUAUAUAGAAUCUUUUAUAAAAAAUGUUAUUGAAGAAUCCAAUAAAUAGAAUUAAUGCUUUUGAUGCUUUAAAUCAUCCUUAUUUUAGAGAUAUCAAUACUAAUAUAUAUCCAUCAUUAAGAUCAUUGUAAUUUAAUGAAGAAAUAUAUGAAGAUGAAGAAAUUAAUAAUGAAAAAAGAGAAGAAGACAAUAAUUAUAUUUAAUUACCAAAAACUAGUAGAAAAUGCUAAUUGAUAUGGAAUUUAUCAUUUUUUCAAUAAAAUUCUUAGAAAACAGUGUUUGAUACUAAUUAAUUUAUUGAAUACGAUCAUCUUUCUGGAUUGAGAUUUGUUAAGGUAAAUUAAAGUCCUUUCGUCUCUCAAGUGUUAGAAUGA